AUGAAGUCUUUACUCUGGAGCCUGCUGUACAGCGCUUCACUGCUGCUGUCUGAUGUCCUGGCAACAUAUCACCUCAGUGCUGGAGACCCACAGCUGAUAUCUGCACAAAGCUACGCACAAACCAGAAAUAAUGGCCGGCCACCGUUCAGGACCCUCAAUCCAGCAAAGACAGACUCUCAGUGCAGGAGCCGUCCCCUGGACCUGGUGUUCAUCAUCGACAGCUCUCGCAGUGUGCGUCCUGGUGAGUUUGAGAAGGUCAAGAUAUUCCUAGCCGACAUGGUCGACACACUGGAUGUGGGCACAGAUGCCACCAGAGUGGCUGUGGUCAACUACGCCAGCACAGUCAAGAUUGAGUUCCUUCUCAAAGACCACUUCAACAAACCCGACAUGAAGAAAGCUAUCUCCCGCAUCGAGCCCUUGGCUGCUGGCACCAUGACUGGCCUCGCAAUCAAGACAGCUGUGAACGAAGCCUUCACCGAGCAGUCUGGAGCCCGGCCUCGCUCCAGGAAGAUCUCCAAGGUGGCCAUCAUAGUGACAGACGGGAGACCUCAAGACCAGGUGGAGGAGGUGUCUGCCGCAGCCCGGGCCUCAGGCAUCGAGAUCUAUGCUGUUGGGGUGGACCGUGCCGACAUGCGCUCCCUGCAGCUGAUGGCCAGCAUCCCUUUAGAGGACCAUGUCUUCUAUGUGGAGACCUACGGCGUUAUCGAGAAGCUCACCUCCAAGUUCCGGGAGACCCUGUGCGGUCUGGACCCCUGUGCAAUGGGACAUGACUGCGAACACACAUGUGUCAACAGCAAUGCCUCCUAUUACUGCAAGUGCCGGAAUGGUUUUAUCUUGAAUGCAGACAAGAAAACAUGUUCCCCGAAAGAGGUGAAGGUGGAGGUGGUGGUGGAGGAUCCCUGUAAAUGUGAGGCCAGGCUGGCUUUCCAGAAGCAAACACAGGCGGCCAUCCAGCAGCUCACAGCCAAGAUAGCCGAUGUGUCUGGGAGGAUAGAGCGUCUGGAGCACAUGGUGGGCCAUGUUUAAAGCUGGACACAGUGUAGGCAGCUUCCUGUCUGACAUGGACUACUGCAACAUGGACAUGUGCUUCUCUUCAUUUUUGCCAUCCAAUAACUGCUGUACGGAUUUCAUCCACAGGUCGAGUGAAGCUGUGAUUAAUAAACCAAUAUCCCUCAAGUUACAGACUGAUCACCUCACAACAGCAUCUACAGUUAAUCUGGGACUUUUAUGAACAUUGAAUACACAAUUGUCUGAUAUUUUUUGAAACUGCUGUAAAAGCUACUAUUUCUUCCAAACAUCUAUAUGAAAAUAGUGUGAUAUGAAAUAACCAAAGCAAAUUUUUAUUAUUUGCAUUGUUUCUCCUGCAGUAUAUUGUGUAUUUUUUGUGUCCUGUUUGUACAAAGAUGCAUAUUGUAUAUAGUAGUUUUUUUUUGAAAAUGUCAAAUUGGAUUUAUAUAGUCACAGAUUUUCAUAGAAGAGACUUUAUGCUCUGGAGCAUUCGGCCAAUAAAAAAUUUCCAGCAUUAAAUAGUU